GUAGCUAAGAUAAAAAAAAUGAAAAUGAAUAUCUUUAUCCAAAUCUAAUUUUAAGGUGACCUGCUAUACUGCUCUUUUACCAAAAGCAAUUCGUUUUAAUAUGCUUAAUGAAAUUGAAAAGAUAUAAAUAGAUUAGAAUAACAUCUACAGUUUAUAGGGGAAUAAACACGAAAGGUUUACAAUACAGGCACUUUAAGAAAAUCCUUAUUGCGUACUUUUUACUUUACCCUUUGCAUUUCUAGAAGUUUGUUUAUACUAUUAAGUAUUUUAUUUAUUCUUUUAAAACGUCUUUAUUGUAAUUUUUACAGAAAUGAAGUGUAUUGGUUGAUGGCUCAUUGGAGAAUUGUUUUUUCUGUAUACAUUGUUUUAUAUUAAGAAAAUUGAGUAAGCAAUUGGGAAUAUACUUGGGUUUGAAGGUAUAUAUAUUUAGUUGCAGGAUUUUGUGAUAAAGGAAACAUUUCAGUUACAUGUUUCAAAUUAAUUAAUCUUUAUUGUUAUUUUAAUCAUUUGGUCAUCCUUUUCAAAGUAAUUACAGGAAUAGAACAUUUUAAAUAGAAGAGUAAUUACAGCCAGUUAUUAGUCAGAGAUUCUUCGUCUCAUUUAAAAAUAUAGUUUUGUUGAUGCGUUUUCAAAUUUGUUUGUUAAUAAGAUGAGAGAAAAAAGAAGAAAAAGAUCAGAAUUAGAAAUGCCAGCAGGUAGUGUUCAACUUUCGGCUGUCGAAAGAAAGAUACAAAGCAAAACGGGAACUGGUGCUGGUGUGAAGCGAGCAAAAUCGUUUGGUUCAACAAGUGCACCAACUUCUCCUAGUGUUUUGCGAAGAAAUAAACAACCCACAGUUGAGCCAAGAUACACAAAAUCUACAUACCUUCUUAUUGAAGCCAAGCGCAUUGCAAGAGAGUUAGAAGAAAAGAAAAAAAGUGGUUCUCUAUUGGUACGCCCACAGUCAGCAAAAACAAUAAACUUAGGUUCUAGAGCACGUAGUGGCUCUGGUGGUAUUGCAAGUCAAGCUAAAGGUGUAAAGAGAGCAGUCACUACUGAAUCUGCAUUUAGAAGAUCAGAAUCGCCAAUAAGAACAAAUAUUCGAAGAAGAGCAAAGUCACAGUAUUGUCGAGUACCUCCAUCAGAGCAAGAGGAGGGUAACAGUAAAGUAGAUUUAGAUGUAAGUCGGUUAAAUCCACUGAGAAACUCUGGAAGAAAACGGAAUUUUGUUGUUUCAUCUACAGUAGCUGUAAAAAGUUGCGAUGAAUGUGAUAAAACAUUAAAGUCUGGUUUUUAUUCAGAGCAUAAUGGGUUAUCAUAUUGUAAUGUUCCAUGUUAUACAAGUUUGUUCAGUUCCAUGUUAUCGCGUGCUGACGAUUCUUCCACGUGUUCAACUUUAUCCGAAGAACAAAAGCAAUUCAGAGGAAGUUUAAUACCCAAACUGAGAACUUAUAAUGCAUAUUAUGGAGACAAACCAUGUCAAAUAUCUUGCAAAGAGAUGAACGAUAAAUUUGUAUUAGAAGGAAUCAUUAAAGUGUACUGGGGUCUUCACUCUCCAGUCACGUUAACCGAUAGCGAUGUGUCGCAUUAUUGGCAACACUUCCAUCCCGACGAUGGCAACAAAAGAAACGAAAAUUCAGAAAACGUACCUCCAAAUACAGAAAAAACGAAAAAGCCUUCUCUCUCUGCUAUACGUCGUGCGAGAAACGCUCUCCAAGGAAACCAAAAUAAAUACAAGUACAAGAGAAAGGAAAGUGGAGAAGGACCAAGAAAACGAUCUGGUUGUGUUGCUUGUAAUCACGAAUCUCUCAACGGCUUCGAGGGAAAUUCAACAUUUGUACCUCCGUAUGGAACUCCGACCACGUUGAGAAUUACGAACCACGUGACAGCACCUCUAGUGAUCGAUAUGUUGCUUAAAAAGUUUCAAAUAAAAGACAAUCGAAAGCGAUUUUCUCUCUUUACAGUGUAUGAGAGUGGAGGUCAACGUCGAAUGAUUAAUGACAGUUACCCUCUUCUGACGCGUCUUAGUCUUGGCCCAUGCGAGGAUGUAGCGAAAAUAUUUAUUAUGGAUCGAGCUGAUCAAAUGGAUAUUCCUCUUGAAGUAGCGCAAUAUAUCAACUUUUCAACGCAAGUUUUAGAAACUUUCGUUCAAAAGUUUCACGAAGAGGAAGAACGCGAGAUAGAAAGAAUCAAAGAAAAAUAUCAAGACUACAAAGAGAUGAUUCUAAAGAGAAUGGAAGAAUAUGAAAGAAAUAACAGAUUCCCAAAAGAAGAAUGACAUGUCUUCAAUAAUAAAAGCAUUGCCCGUUGUAGUAAAAGAUAGACGCUGGAACAAGGCCGUUCUCCUUAAAUUAUCCGAGGGUUGACGGCCGAGAGCAAUUAAAGUCAGUUAAUGGAUUUGAGAUUAUAAAUAGAAACCAGCCUGACGUCAUAUUAGCAAGUUAUUUAACCUGGUUGUCACUUGCAGACCUUAUCUCGCAUUUAGUGCGAAUUCACGAAAAAAAAGCGAAAGUUUCUUAAAAAGAGAGUUUAUCAAACAGUUUUAUACUUUAAGACAGAUCUACUAUAUCUUCUAUUUUUAUAUUUUAUAAAAACUUAUUGUUAAAGGAGAACCAGACUUCAAAAGAAGAAUGAAUAUUAUUAUUAUUUAAAAACAAACGACUUGCUAUGGUGUAAUUAUUUUACGCUUGUGUGGAUCUACCUUGCGAUUAUGAGUCGAAUUUGACUAAAUCUUUUGAUUUUUUAAAGGCGAUUUUAACGCAAGGUUUAAAUCAGCAAAAUACAACUUAACAAAUGGUAGAUAUAUAUAUAUAUAGAUAUAUAUAUAACAAAUCUACAGGUCUAAGAGAUGGUUUUUAUUAACUAAAUUUUCUACAUCAACUUUUGCGAAACUUAUUUUUACGAUUUUAAACCAUAUUCCCAAAAUUAUAAAUUCCACAUUGACCAUAUAACCAGAAUAUAUCUUCGCUACUGUUGUUGAGUUCUGAGUUCUUGUACCUUCUGUUCUUCUGUUCCAAAUUUGGUGGUUGAGUUAAGCAUUUGCAUUUAUAUCUACCAUUUUAGUUUUAGUUUGUGUGUUCACUUGGAUUAGGUUUUUCGAACUUAGUUAGCCAUAAUAACAUAAUAUUGUGUAUAAAGUAGUCCUUGUAUAUAUUUAACGUUUCGAAAAACAAAAUUAUUUUUAUGUCUGGAAAAUUUUACAAGAUGUUGUAGCGAUGAUUUUUUUAUGUUUAUUUUCACAUGUAGGGAAAACCGACGGUCUUAGAUUUCAUUUUUGUUUGCUUCCAUACGUAAACAUUUUAAAUGAAUAAAUAGAGGUUAAAGUUUAUAUUGUGAUGUAAAACUAUACCAUAAAAUAAAUUAUUUUACUAUGUUUUA